AUGGACUACACAGCUCUUUGUGAAAGAAAGUCCAACAAAGACUGUGAAAGCUCUGAAUGGAAACACUCAGGAGUCCAAGUGAUAAACAGCAGCACCGAGUACAGGAUGAAGAUAGGAGGAAAACAGAAAAGACAACAAAAGCUAUGGAAUAUUCCACAGAUUCCUUGCAUUCGAGUCCCUCACUCUGUCUCUGAUACUUCACUGCUGAAGGACCUAACCCAAGGGCAGCAGCGCUACUUUUACAGCAUCAUGAGGAUUUACAAUCCCAGGGCCCAGUGGGUGGCCCUACAGACCUGCUAUGUUCAGGGCCUUCAGCAACAGCAGCUGCUUGGUGAGUUUAACUACCUGACCUGA